GGAAAAGAAAAGGAGCGGAGAGAUUAAGAGAGAUGGAAAGUAAGAUUGGAGUGGAAGGUGGGGCAGGGAAAAGAGAGUGGGAGAGAGUAAAAGAGAGAAUGAUGAGGAAGCAGAUGGAAGGAGCAUAGAGAGAGGUAAAGAGAAACAUGGUGCAUAGCUAAUUACGAGGGAGGGAGGAGGAAUCCCACCCUUACCCUGCUGUUUCAGCUCUGCUGAACCAUUGACAGUAAUCACCCAGCCCCUAAAUGGCUGGUGUGGGGUGGAAUUAAUUCCGCCGUGGCUGUGUGUGUGUGUGCGUGUGUGUGUGUGUGCAUUAGUGUGUCCACGUCCACGCGUAUGUGUGUGCAGAUGAAUAAUGCAGCAGGGUGGUAGUGAGCACGUGCGAGGCAGCCCUCUCUCGGGGCUCCUGGGAUGGGAGUGGGCGGAGCCAGCGCAGGGCGGUGCUGCCCGGAGCAGAGGGCUGGUGGGAUGUUAGCGAGAGGAGAGGAGAGGAGAGGAGAGAAGAGGAGGGAGAGGACCGGAUAGUGGGGUGAGGCAGGAGACAGGGGGGACAGGGCAGACAGGAUGAGGUGCAACAGGGUGGUACGGCAGACGCGCUGACAGACAGGAAUGCCUAGCGGACACGGCGCAGCCCAACCAUGACAGCCAUGCUGAGCCCCAAAAUCAGACAGACCAGGAGAGCCAGGUCGAAGAGCAUGGUGAUGGGAGAGAUGUCCCAGGGCUCUGGCCGCCCCUGCUCCCCCGCCCUCCAGGGGGGAGCGCUCAAGGCCGGCUGGCUCAAGAAGCAGCGGAGCAUCAUGAGGAACUGGCAGCUCCGCUGGUUCGUCCUGCGAUCCGACCAGCUCUACUUCUACAAGGACGAGGAGGAGACCAAGCCGCAGGGAUGCAUCCCCCUUCAUGGCAGCCAGGUGAACGAACUGACUGCCAAUCCAGAAGAGCCAGGACGUCACCUCUUUGAGAUAGUUCCAGGUGGGGUUGGGGAGAAGGACCGAGCGGCCAUCAGUCAUGAAGCCUUCCUGCUCAUGGCUAACUCUCAGACCGACAUGGACGACUGGGUCAAAGCCAUUCGUCGUGUCAUCUGGUCUCCCUUCGGAGGAGGGAUAUUCGGCCAGCGGCUGGAGGACACUGUACAGUACGAGAAGAAGUUUGGCCACCGGCUGGCUCCACUGCUGGUGGAACAGUGCGUGGACUUCAUAAGGGAACAGGGUCUGAAUGAAGAGGGCCUCUUUCGGAUGCCCGGACAGGCCAACCUCGUUAAAGAGCUACAGGACGCCUUUGAUUGCGGGGACAAACCUCUUUUUGACAGCAACACAGAUGUCCACACGGUGGCGUCCCUCCUGAAGCUGUACCUCCGCGAGCUUCCGGAGCCGGUCGUCCCCUUCGCCAAGUACCAGGACUUUCUCACCUGUGCUCAGCUGCUUGGCAAGGAUGAGGAAGAGGGAAUGCAGGAGCUGACAAAACAAGUGAAAACUCUUCCUCAGGCCAAUUAUAACCUUCUGAAAUACAUAUGCAAAUUCCUUGAUGAAGUUCAAUCUCAUGCAAAUGAAAAUAAAAUGAGCGUCCAGAACUUAGCCACAGUGUUUGGACCAAAUAUCCUACGUCCUAAAAUGGAGGACCCUGUGACCAUUAUGGAAGGAACAUCUAUGGUGCAGCACCUUAUGACUGUCCUGAUCAGUGAACAUACCCGGCUGUUUGUUUGCCGGGACAGGGAGGACCCAGUGGUACAGCUGGAGGUCAGGGCACAGGGUCAGCACAGCACAGUGGGGUGGAUCUCUGAAGAGGACCUCCACGGAUACCCUAUGACAGAGAGGGGCGCCAACUCGGCCGAUGACCUGAAUGGAAGCUCCUCCUCUUUGGAUAUUGUUGCCUCCAGGCUGGUUCCUCAGGGCAAAGGGGAGGGGGAAUCAGAGGGGUCCAGCCCAGCAGUGGGAACAGGGGUGGUCAGCCCCAGCAAGCAGGUGAAGUCUCUCCCCACCUGGAAAUACUCCUUCAAGGGCUCGGGCUCACGUCCCAACCCAGCUAAAGUGGGACUGGGUGGCUCCUCCGUGGACGUCUCCAGCCUGUCGGGGGGAAACUGGCUGUUGAAUGGACUGUCCUCCUUGAGGGGACACCGCCGUACCUCCUCAGGGGAGCGGGUCAGAGACUCAGGGUCAUCCCAGAGACUGUCCACUUACGACAAUGUGACCUCAUCCAGCCUGAGCGUGCCCAGUGUGGCCAGCGCCCCCUGGUCCACCUCCUCCUGUGACAUCUCCGUGCCGGAUUCGACCAGCGAACUCUCGGGUUCCUCGGACUGCGGGAAGGGGGAGUGGCCGGAGUCCGAGGGGGAUCGGGGCGGAGCCGAAGAGAGGGCAUCGGAGACAGGGGACAGUAGCGAGGCAGGGCUGGAGCUCCGUGUCCCCUGUGGAGGACACAGCGAGUGCAGGGACGUGACCUCCGACCCUGCCAUGCCUCAUGCCACUGACGAUGGCCACUCAAAAGCACUUACCGAACUGGUGGAGGAACUGAGGGAAGAGCUGAGGAUGCAGAAGCUAACCUACGAGACCCGGAUUAGAAAGCUGGAGGAGUCAAGUGCAGCCCUGUGUGUCCAGAUGGAGAAGCUGGAGCACGAGAUGGACCAGGAGAGGAAGAAGCAGAGGAUGCUGGAGAUCAAGCUGCGGAACUCGGAGCGCGCUCGGGAGGACGCGGAGAACCGGAACCGCGUCCUGCAGGAGGAGAUGGAGCAGUUCUUCUCCACACUGGGGGACCUGACUCUGGGUGCACGGACCAGCAACAUAUGAAAUCCACACUGACAAAAAUGCCCUUACAAAAAAGUUGUACAUGUAAAAGACAGUAGAAUUAAUUUUUAUUUAAUUGUUGCCAAUUUAAUAUAUGUAAUGUGAGUAUAUACAUAUAUUGUGGAAUAAAUGACAAAAGAAUAUGCAUUGUAAGUUCUGUUCUACAGAAUAUGUUUUGUAUUGCAAAUAGGAAAUUGGCAAUGUUUUAUAUUCAACCUUAUGGCCUGGUGUAUAUAUAUAUAUAUAUAUAUAUAUAUAUAUAUAUAUAUAUAUACGGUGAGUGUCAUAAUGUUUGGGACAAAGACAUAUUUCUUCAUGGUUUGGCAUUGCACUCCACAAUGGUGUCUGAAAUGGGGGACUGUGUAUAAAAAGUGCUGUCAUUUCUACAUGGUGAAACAAAAUGUUUAAAAAUACCCUUUAAUAAAAGCUGAGAAUCUGCGCAUUUAUACAUGCUAAUUGUUUGAUUACAAAU